AUGCCUAAAUUCUACCCAUCAAUAUCACCCGAUUUGCGCGACUGGGCCUUGAGCCAGAAAGUGUUCUUCACAGCCUCUGCCCCUCUCAGUGGCCGGCAUAUCAACCUCUCUCCCAAAGGCCUCCCAGAUGCUUCAUUUGCCAUCCUUGGACCAAACGAGGCGGCAUACGUUGAUGCUACAGGCUCCGGUGGGGAGACAAUUAGCCACUUACGCGAAAACGGCCGCAUCACCAUUCUCUUCUGCUCCUUCGAUGCGUCUCCCCGCAUCUUACGAUUCUUCUGCACCGGGUCUGUAAUUGAAUGGAGUGACCCUAACUUUGAGUCAUACCUCGCGCGCAUGCAAAGAGAGAAGCUGGUCGGAGCACGCGCAAUUAUUAGGCUGGAUGUCUUCAAGGUGCAAACAUCUUGCGGUUACGGGGUUCCGCAGCUAUCACUGUCGUUUGACUCAGAAACAAACGAGCCCAAACCUGACUUCAAAGAUCGGGAGACCUUGGGUAACUGGGCAAGCAAGAGAGUAGAAGCUGGCGAUAUCAGGGCCUACCAGGGAGAAUGGAACAGUCGUAGCUUGGACGGGCUGCCAGGACUUCGAACAGCCUUGCAGGACAAGGGCCAAAGUGUUAUACUGGCUAACUUCGGGAAUUGGACUCGCUAUCAUAGAGAUGAGAUCGAAUUUGUGAAGACAUCUGCUUUGUUGCUAUUUGUUGCGAUGGCGAUCCUGCAGUGGGCUGGAUAUCUUAGUGCUUCUGGCUCUGCAUCUGACCGACGCCAUGCCAUUGCAGAAUUCGCCCGUAACUACCCGCAGGAUCCGGUGGACGUCAUAAUCGCAGACUUCAUGAGCGAAGCCAAUAUGGUCGUCGCCGCUGGACGGCGAGUAGACCAAGCUCAGACUCAGGGCAAGCCUAGCACAAAUUCCACCGAUAUUCCACCAGGAUAUGAGCUGUCAUUCCUCUUGGCCUUGCAGCCGGCGCUGGAAGACCUGGCGAAGCACCGUAUCAAAUUAGCCGUUAAUGCCGGGAAUACGGAUACACAAGGGCUGUACGACGCAGUAACACAAAUGAUUCGUGCAAGGGGGUUAGAUCUAAAGGUCGCUUGGGUGUCUGGUGAUGAGGUUUUGUCCACGGUGAGAACAGCGCUAUCAUCGGGGAAGUCGAAUUUCAAGAACAUAUAUACGAAUGAGGUAUUGUCGGAUUGGUCGUUCGAGCCGAUAUUUGCGCAGUGUUACCUGGGCGGACUUGGAAUUGCGGCUGCCCUUGCUGAGGGUGCUGAUAUCGUGCUCUGUGGACGGGUAUCUGAUGCUUCUCCCGUCAUUGGGGCGGCAUAUUGGUACCACCAAUGGCGCCGAAGUGACCUUGAUCAACUAGCCAAUGCGUUUGUCGCGGGACAUCUUAUCGAGUGCAGUAACUAUGUUUGUGGGGGAAACUAUACUGGGUUCAAAGAGCUAGAACACCUUGGCAAAGAUGGCUGGUCCAACAUCGGCUACCCUAUUGCUGAGAUAUCAGCGGAAGGAAAAGUGAUCAUCACCAUGCAGUCGUAUGCCGCCGGAGGCACUGUCACUGUCGACACUUGUUCUUCUCAGCUGUUAUACGAGAUCCAGGGCCCGUGGUACUUCAACUCCGAUGUCACAGCCAUCCUAAACGACGUCCACUUCGAACAAGUCGGGACCACCCGAGUUGCCUUGCACGGCGUCCGUUCCGCUCCACCCCCUCCAACAACCAAAGUUGGCAUCACAGCUCGUGGGGGCUUCCAAGCAGAAGCAUCCUGGUUCCUUGUUGGACUCGACAUUGACGCAAAGGCUCGCAUGCUAGAAGCACAGAUCCGACACCUCCUAGCCCCGUAUAGUUCGAAAUACACAUCCCUCAUGUUUUCAACCCUCGGAUCCGCCCCAGACAAUCCGAAAGGCCAAAAUAGCGCUACUGUCACUUUCAGGGUUAUUGUUCAAGCUCGUACCGCUGAAGAUAUCGCCCCUAAUCGCUUUCUCCGGCACAUUACCGACAAUAUCAUGCAGGGCUACCCUGGCGCAACCUUCCACCUAGACCUCCGCCAGGGCUUCCCCAAACCCAUCUUCGAAUACUAUGUCGCUCUGCUUCCCCAAGAAGACAUUCAACACCGUGUUCACCUUCCCUUCAAAGAAAAUAAGGUCCUUGACAUUCCUGCCCCUCCAAGGACAGCAACAUACCCACUCCGCCAACCCUCGCAAGCCUUAACAACUGCCCCCAUACCCAACCCCGACUUCGGCCCAACAACGCCCGGUCCAUUAGGGUGGCUCAUCCACGCUCGUUCGGGUGACAAAGGCCCCGACGCAAACUGCGGUUUCUGGGUGCGCCACAGCGAUGAAUACGCCUGGCUGCGGUCACUACUCUCAACGGAAAAGAUAAGGGAGCUUCUAGGGCCCGAGUAUAACUCCAACGCUGAGCUGGCGAUUGAGCGUUUUGAGCUGCCGAAUCUGAGGGGUGUACACUUUUUGUUCCGGAACUUGCUAGAUCGUGGUGUCUCGAGUACCACCACGGUGGACUUUUUGGGGAAGAACGUUGCGGAGUUUUUGAGGGCUAGGUGGGUGGAUUUGCCAGUGAGGUUUUUGAAUCGGGGGAGGUUGUGA